UUUACAGUGAAUCCUUGAGAGGGCUUGGAGAGCAACUCCACGAGGACCCAUUUUGAAUAAUCUAGGCCUUCGCCGGGCCUCUUUUGUCAGCGGGUCGAUCCAGGUGGCUGGAGGAUGGCAGGACAGCAGAACUAAUCCAAGCGGGGCAGAAGGGAAAGGGCGCGGCCUGCCAGCCGGUUUCUUGGCAACGGGCUCAGGCCGCUAAACUGCCUGAGUGGCGCCCCUAGCGCAUAGCCCUCUGGGAAUCGUAGUGUAGCUGGAAGGCUCAUAGGACUCUGGAGGCUGCAGACUUUGAGCCUGUGAACUACAACUCCCGACGAUCACUAUGAGGGCCAGGGGGUAGGAAGAGCCCCCAGGAGCUCGGUCCGGGGUUCCUGGCUCCCUAGUGACAGCCGCGACAAGAAGCAGGCAGGCAUCCCCCAACCCCCCCAGCGCUAGGCCUGUCCUCGAAGGGGUGCACUGGACACUUUCCCGCAUAAUUCCCAUCUCUGACCCCAUGGCGAAAUCCCCAGGGAACUCUACCCUGGAGGACAGUCUGGGGCAAUAUCAACGGAGUCUCCGGGAACGUGCCAACAGAAGCAUUCACCAAUUGAAAUGUGCUCUGAGAGAUGUUGAUGUCACUGUGGAAGAAAAUGCACUGGAUCCUUCCGCCAGCAUCAACGUAGAGAAUGAGGACACAGGGGUGGCCUGGCAUGAACUGCAGCACAGCCAUGCUGUCAAUCAACUCAAAGCUUUGUUGCGCCAACAAGCAAGUAAGGACAAUGAGAUGUCUCCACCACGAAGACGAAAAAUGUCCCCUUUGCAGCCAUCAGAAUGUGAGGACAAUAGUAUGCCUACUGUAUACAACCUUGUUCCCAUCAUCAAUGACCAGUCUCAGUACAUUCAUCAUUUAGAAGCAGAAGUUAAGUUCUGCAAGGAUGAAUUAUCUGGAAUGAAAAAUAGGGUUCAGGUAGUUGUACUUGAGAAUGAAAGGCUCCAGCAAGAACUGAAAUCUCAAAGACAGGAGGAGACCCUGAAGGAACAGACACUUCUGGAUGCAUCUGGAAACAUUCAGGAUUCUUGGAUUAAGACAGGAGAAAGUUCUAGGGUGGAUGAAGCUACAAAGAGACCAUUUUCUCAUGGUGAUGCUGAAACUGGGAAAACUACAUCCACUGGUGAUGCUGAAAAAUGGAAGUUAGAGCUGGAGAGGCUGAAAGUCACAUAUGAGGCGAAGAGUGACCUUCUGGAGUCUCAGUUGAUGCUUCUGAGGAAGGACUUAGUUGAAUAUCAGAAAACCUGUGAGGAUCUUAAAGAAAGACUGAAGCAUAAAGAGUCUCUUCUGGCUGCUGGUGCCUCCAGCCGUGUGGGUGGCCUCUGUUUGAAAUGUGCCCAACAUGAGGCUGUUCUUUCCCAGACCCAUAGCAAUGUGCAUGUCCAGGCCAUCGAGACACUGACUAAAGAACGGGAUGACUUAAUGUCUGCCCUAGUGUCUGUGAGGAGCAGCUUGGCAGAAGUACAGCAGAGAGAGACAAGUGCCUACAAACAGGUGAAGCAUGCUGUGCAGAUGACCGAGGAAGCCAACUUUGAAAAGACCAAGGCUUUGAUCCAAUGUGAGCAGCUGAGGAGUGAGCUGGAGAGGCAGACAGAAAGACUGGAAAAGGAACUUGCAGCUCAGCAAGAGAAACGGGCUUUGGAGAAGGAGAUGAUAAAGAAAGAAGUAACCAAGGAGAGGGAGGAUGCAGAGUCAAAGAUGUUGCUCCUGACUCAGAAUAUUGCCAAGCUGGAGGCCCAGGUAGAAGCUGUUACAAGGGAAAAGAUUUCAGCCAUCAGUCAACUAGAGGAAAUUCAGAACCAGCUUGCUUCUCAGGAAAUGGAUGUCACAAAGGUGUGUGGAGAAAUGCGCUUUCAGUUGAAUAAAACGAAAAUGGAGAAGGAUGAGGCAGAAAAGGAGCACAGAGAAUACAAAGCAAAAUCCCAAAAGGAUCUAGAAAUUAAAGAUCGGGAAAUUGAGAAAUUGAGACUAGAACUGAGCGAAAGCAAGCAGCAUGUGGAACAGGAACAGCAGAAGGCAGCUCGGGCCAGACAGGAGUGCCUGCAAGUAACAGAGCUGCUGGGCGAAUCUGAGCGCCAACUGCACCUCACCAGACUGGAAAAAGAUAGCAUUCAGCAAAGCCUCAGCAACGAAGCAAAGGCCCAAGCCCUUCAGGCCCAGCAGAGAGAGCAGGAGCUGACACAGAAGAUACAGCAAAUGGAAGCCCAGCAUGACAAAACUGAAAAUGAACAGUAUUUGUUGCUGACCUCCCAGAAUACGUUUCUGACAAAGCUAAAGGAAGAGUGCUGUACGUUGGCCAAGAAGCUGGAGAAAAUGUCACAGAAAAGCAGGUCAGAAAUUGUUCGACUCAGUCAAGAGAAGAGAUAUAUGUGUGAUAAGCUGGAGAAGAUACAGAAGAGAAAUGAUGAAUUGCAGGAACAGUGCAUCCAGCACGGGAGAGUACAUGAGACGAUGAAGGAAAGACUCAGACAGCUGGACAAGCAUGGCCAGGCCACAGCCCAGCAGCUGGUGCAGUUGCUCAACAAGCAGAAUCAGCUUCUUCUGGAGCGACAGAGCCUAUCAGAGGAGGUGGACCGACUGCGAGCCCAGUUACCCAGCAUGCCACAAUCUGAUUGCUGACCUGGAUGAAACAGAGUGAAAUAAAUGAUUUACAAAGAGAUAUUUACAUUCAUCUGAUUUGUACUUAAUGUGCUACAGUGCACCGAAACCUCCCCAGGGAGACACCACCUGGGACUGCGGGGGGCUGGUCAUCAUGCCAUGGUUCUGUCCCUGCGCUACAGACAGGGAGUGCUUCAGCAUGAACUGGCUCGGGCUAGUUGGAGUGUGCUCAAAAAAGCUUCAAGUCACUGAAUUAUGUUGUCUCUAUUCUAGAGUAUGCACAGGAUUAAUAAAAUGACCUCUCAAGCCUUGAA